GCCCCGUGCGGGACGCUCUCUCUCUCUUUUAGGUCAACGAGUGAGGAACGGGGGAGAGGGGGGAACCUCUCUCGGAUUGGCUCCUUCGGGGCUCAGCCAUCGGAGGGGCGCAUGCGCUCGUGGGGCGCAUGCGCAGCAGCGUCGGGGCUUGAGGCCUAGUCGUAGUUGAAUUACCCCGAAAGUAAGUUUGGGAAGCAACCGCAGGGAAGAGACUGGCCGUCCCGAGGAAAGCUGCUCCCUCUCCGGUGCUCCCUUCCCUCCGACUUAGAAGCUGAUCGUGUCCGUUUCCCACCUUCUCUUUUCUCGCCAUCCUAAGCGCACAACAACCCUGCCAGCUGGGGAAGUCUGUUUAGAUGCCUCCUUCAAAUUUAUUGCGCUUCACUGCCUCUUGGAUCCAUGGGAAAGCCUUCCCGUGUACAUCGAAGCUCGGGGAGAAGCAUAUCUUACUGCGCCACUGCCUUGGAUCCUACAUCCUCGGCGCAGGGAAGAAGACUUGCUGUGAGCUGCUUCCUCUGAACGAAGCCGACUUGGAAGAACAAUUCGUCCGGGGUUUCGGGCCCGGAGGCCAGGCCACAAACAAAACGAACAACUGCGUGGUUCUGAAGCAUCUUCCUUCGGGGAUUGUCAUCAAGUGCCAUCAGACCCGAUCCCUGGAGACCAACCGCUCGAAAGCCCGGGAGAUCCUCCAGGAGAAAGUGGACGUUUUUUACAAGGGCCAAUCCAGCGUCGUGCUCCAGGAGAAACAGGAGUGGCAGAAAAAAAAGGAAGAGAAGAGACGAGAAGCUAGGAAGAACCUGGAAAGGAAGCGGCACUUGAAAGAAAUGCUUGCUCUGGAGGACAAAUAGGAAUAGCAAAAGCAGUUUGACUUAUAUACCGCUUCAUAGGGCUUUCAGCCCUCUCUAAGCGGUUUACAGAGUCAGCAUAUCGCC